GAAGAAAGUUUCACGAAACAAAAGUAGUUCUUGAGCGGAUGAGGUAAGGCUCUCCGUGCAACUUCAAACACUUCUGGUGAGCAGACGAAUCCCGAGCUCCUUUAGACAAGCAGAUCCUUUAUCCAGAACCGGAUUACUGUGCCAAUCUCCACUUGUGGAAACUUUUAAGGAAAAAAAACACAUUUGAAAAGUUUGAAGGGGAGCGCGCUGUUUGUGGUUUUAAUGGACUAACCAGACACAAUAAAGACAUGUAAACAGGAAGUCUCAAAUACUUAAAUGUCACCAGGAAAGGGGUAGUUGUUUUCACCCUCAGCAGAAAAGGAGCUGUAAGACAACAGGCAAACUGUUUGAAGGAUUCAGUUCUGAGAGAGGCAGCUUUCAAGGCUAGUGAGCCAUGCCUUUCAGGCUGAAACUGCGGAGGACCAGACGGUACAACGUUCUAAGCAAGAACUGCUUUGUGACACGCAUCCGAUUGCUGGAUAACAAUGUCAUCGAGUGCACACUGUCCGUAGAGAGCACAGGACAGGAAUGCCUGGAGGCCGUAGCUCAGCGGCUGGAACUGCGUGAGACACAUUAUUUUGGACUUUGGUUCCUCAGUAAGACUCAACAGGGACGAUGGGUAGAGCUAGAAAAAGCUCUGAAAAAACAACUGGACAAAUUUGCUAAUGAGCCUCUCCUUUUCUUUGGAGUGAUGUUCUACGUACCCAGUGUCUCAAAACUACAGCAAGAGGUCACAAGGUAUCAGUAUUAUCUUCAAGUAAAGAAAGAUGUGCUCGAUGGACGGCUUCCUUGUACAUUGGAGCAAGGCAUCAGGCUAGCUGGUUUAGCUGUGCAGGCUGAUUUUGGAGAUUAUGGACAGUAUGAGUCCCAGGAUUUCCUCAGGGAAUAUGUUUUGUUCCCAAUGGAUUGGGCUCAAGAUGAACGGAUGCUGGAAGAAAUGACACACAAGGUAGCAAUGCAACACCAGGCCUACAGUGGGAUGCCACCUGCAGAGGCUGAGUUACUAUAUAUAAAAGAAGUGGAACAGCUUGAAGGCUUUGGACAAGAAAGCUUUCCUGCUAAGGAUAAUCUUGGAAAUGACACUGUUAUUGGCAUUUCUUUUAUGGGAAUAUUCGUAAAGCACAGGAAUGGACGACCAACCAUAACAUACAGAUGGAAUGAAAUUGGAAAUAUAACGCACAAUAGGUCUUCAAUUAAUGUGGAGCUAGCAAGCAAAGAAGAAACUGUUCCAUUUCACACAGAUGAUAUUGAAAUGGCAAAAUACAUAUCACGGUUGUUCACAGCAAGACAUAAGUUUUAUAAACAGAAUAAAAUCUGCACAGAACAAACACAGUCAUGUUCCCCGACACCAAUCAGGAGACGACCCACAUGGAGCAGAUCAUCUUUGCCAAGGCAACAGCCAUUUAUAAUGCCACCAAUGCACGUUCAAUAUGGAGAGCAUUAUACUGAAACAAACACCUCACAAGAUAGUAUUUACCAUGGUAAUGAGGAAGGGUUCUACUGCAGAUCUCAGUCUAGCUUGGACAGAUGUCCAAUGGAGUAUAAUUACAUGAAUGGAACUGUGCCAAAUGGUAGUGUGUAUAGUGCUUCUAGCAUGAACUCAUUGAAUCAUUCACAAAACUUCAUCCAGGCAUCUCCAGUGUCCUCUAAUCUCAGCAUCCCUGGAAGUGACAUCAUGCGUGCAGAUUACAUCCCCAGCCACAGGCACAGCGCAAUCAUUGUGCCCUCAUAUAGGCCCACACCUGACUAUGAAACUGUAAUGAGGCAAAUGAAGCGAGGCGUCAUUCAUAUGGAUUGUCAAAGCCAGUCAUUGAGAAAUCUUAAUAUUGGAAACACUCAUGCAUACAACCAGCCGGAACCUAUGGUUUACAGUCAACCAGAGAUCAGGGACCGAUCCCAAUAUCCAUCUCGUUAUGGGUCAAAGCACAGUUACAACAAACCUGUAGCUACUUCUGCCCAGCAAAAUGCCAGCCAUCCUGCACCUACCCGGACAGCAAAUAGUGCAAUCUCUCACACAGUAAGCACACCAGAACUUGCCAAUAUGCAAUUACAGGGUACUCAAAAUUACAGUACUACCCAUAUGUUGAGAAAUCAUUUUUGUAGACCACCCCCUCCAUACCCACGUCCUCGGCCUGCUACUAGUACGCCAGACCUUGCCAGUCACCGCCACAAGUAUGUUAGUGGCAGCAGCCCUGAUUUAGUCAGUCGGAGAGUCCAGCUCUUUGUGAAGACAUUCCAAGAGGACAGUUCACCCGUGGUGCACCAGUCAUUGCAGGAGGUCAGUGAGCCCCUCACAACAGCCAAACAUCAUGCAGCUGUUAACAAGCGUCAUAGCCUAGAGGUAAUCAGCAGCAUGGUACGUGGUAUGGAGGCCAUGGCACUGAAAACUUUAAGUGCUUCAGUCCCCCAACGUAGGAACACCAUGCGUGAUCAACGACGCCAAGAGGAGCAGGUCCAAGAGAUUCAACAGCAACCUUCAUACCAUCACAAGAAGACACUGUCUGAUGCCACAAUGCUAAUUCACAGCAGUGAAAGUGAAGAUGAAGAGGAGACCCCUGACUAUGAUGUUCAAAUACCAGCAUUUAACGACAGGAUGGACUACAGGGCCCAGCUGCAGGCAGCAUUGGCAAAAAUACCAAACAAGCCCCCUCCUGAAUACCCAGGAAACAAAAAGAGUAUAAGCAAUGGAGCCUUAAGACAAGAACAAGUUAAAAUGUCAGAAUCUAUUGUCAGGACCAAACUACCGGGUUCUGAACUAGAUACCUUCUCACGAAAUGAACAAAUGACACUUAAUGGGUCCUCACUUGGGCCAUCCAUUUCUGAACCUGAUCUCACCAGUGUGAAAGAGCGUGUCAAAAAGGAGCCGGUCAAAGAAAGACCUGUAUCUGAACUGUUUUCUACUGAGGACAGCAUUGUGGAAAGGGAAAUCAUGUUGAGGAAUUUAGAAAAACAGAAACUAGCAGCAGCAGAAGCCCAAAAGAUAGGGCCACUGAAGUGGGCAGCGCUUAAUGGCCUAUCAAUGGCAAGGGUUCCAGUACUUGAGGACAGCCAAGAUGACACUUCAAAGGUCCCAAUGGAUGAAAGGUGUAAGAUGCUGGAAAGAAAGCUAGAAGAGGACAUGGUGUUUACAGAAUAUGAGCAGAUCCCAAAGAAGAUGGUGGAUGGUGUUUUCACCACAGCGACUCUUCCAGAAAAUGCAGAGCGGAAUCGUUUCAGGGAUGUCGUUCCAUAUGAGGAGAACAGGGUGGAGCUUGUGCCAACCAAAGAAAAUAACACUGGCUAUGUCAAUGCCUCUCACAUCAAGGUUACAGUUGCUGGAGAGGACUGGCAUUAUAUUGCCACACAGGGACCCCUGCCACAUACUUGCCAUGACUUCUGGCAGAUGGUGUGGGAGCAAGGAGUGAAUGUUAUUGUCAUGGUUACAGCAGAAGAGGAGGGAGGAAAACCAAAGACCCAUCGAUACUGGCCCAAACUGGGCUCGAAGCACAGUUCAGCAACUUAUGGAAAGUUUAAGGUGACAACCAAAUUCCGCACAGAUUCUGGUUGCUAUGCAACUACGGGUUUAAAGGUCAAGCACCUUUUGUCUGGACAGGAGAGGACUGUGUGGCACUUGCAAUACACAGACUGGCCAGACCAUGGCUGUCCGGAAGAUGUUCAGGGUUUUUUAUCUUAUCUAGAGGAAAUUCAAUCAGUCCGUCGACACACCAAUAGCAUGCUGGAUUCUACCAAGAGCUGCAACCCACCGAUAGUUGUACAUUGCAGUGCAGGAGCUGGAAGAACAGGGGUGGUGAUUCUAACAGAAAUCAUGGUUGGUUGCUUGGAGCACAAUGAGAAGCUGGAAGUGCCGGUUAUGCUGGGAUUUCUCCGACAACAGCGGAUGUUAAUGGUACAGACAAUAGCCCAAUACAAGUUUGUCUACCAGGUCCUCAUUCAGUUCCUGAAGAACUCCCGGUUGAUUUAGAUGUGAAUUGUUAAACUGUAUUUGAACCACCUUAACAUUUAGCAGUGGAAAUGGAGCUAGCUUUUUCAGUAAAAAAAAGUGUAGCUCAGUACAGCAAGCAGUUUGUCAAGUGAUACUUUGAUUUUUGGAACCCUGCCCUUUACACUGUUGAGUCUUGUUGGCUUUAAAGGCUGCUGUUGAAUCCUUCUAUAGAAUUCUAAAGUACUGAGCAUAGUAACAAGAAAGAGAACAUUCUGCGCACACACUUAGCAUGAGUGAAUGGUGGGCGUUCUUUUGCAGUUGCUGUGCUUUUGAUUGCACAGUGAUGUGCCAGAAUGAUGUUUUCCAACUAAACAAAAUGGAGCACUGUCCAACCUUGCAGAUUUGUAAAGAAGAUUAACAGUCAUAAGCUAAAAGUUUGUUGGAAGUGCAGCUCUGUUACAUCUUGAGCAAAAUUUUUAUUAUUGCUUCAUUCUCAUCAUGAAAAGACCAAAAGGUAUCAGGGGGGCUGAUCCAUUUGAUGGCAGUAUGAGGAUGAUUCAAUGAGUUCAUAAGCAUCUAAUAAUGAUUAGAAUUUUUAAAAAUAACUUACAAAGCCUGGUCUCAUAGUCAAAUCAGCAAAGAUGAGGUGAUUGUUACACUGUUAAAAAUAGAUGAUAACACAAUGAUGGUCUGCAGAGAUUAUUUUUAUAUUAAAUAGUUAAACUAAUGACAGCACAUGCCUUCAUCUUUUUGAACAUCUGUUCUCCUUGAGAUUUUGUGCUUACAAGGAUGAUUUCAGACCCUUUGGAUACAAUUGUAUAGUAUGAGUAUAGUGGGCAAAGUUUGCAGGAGUAGAGGACAGUUUUAUAUCCAAAUUGACUUGCAUCAGACCUUGUUGUAAUAAAUAGAAGCGCUAUGGAUAUCUUCAUAUAUUCAGGUGGUUUCACUGGUGAUUAAUGACAGAAUUGGAAUAGCGAUAUAUUUUCCCAUAAACAGCAGGACACUUUUAGUGGAACACUUGAGGACAGAGGUUGAAACAUCUGAAGGCGGCCCCCUCAGCAUGGUGUUAACAUUGAUUGAAGUAAAAUGUAUCUUAGAUGUUUUUAAGGAAGCUAGAAUCUUCCAUAUCAUAAUAUGUUUCAAAUGCUUGGAGAGAUAGACAUUCAGCAGCUGGCAGUGAUUUCUGGGAAUGAUAUAUAUAGCUGAGGAAGGGAAGUGUUUGUGUAUUGGGAGGUAAUCAGAUGAGAAUAUCUGGCUCAUAUUAUUUGGCUUUAUAAUCACCUAGGCCAGCUACUCAGCAGAGACUGUGCACAUUGCCAUCAGGGACAAGAGAUGAGUCUUUGUCAACUUGUCCAAAUGUGUGACUGGUAUUUUCAAUGACUUCAUUGGCAAUCCUGGAGGGUGCAUAGAGAGGGGUCAAUGUUGGCAGCUUUUUUGGUACAGCAGUUGACAGUUGGAUUCCUUGCAAUGAAAGACAUUGAUGGAUUUUGCUCUCCCUGAGGUAUUGAUUGUUAGCAACCCUGGAUAAGAACCUGCAGCCACAGGAAUGUGAAGCAAGCAUCAGAAACAAAGAUAUUGAUUGGUAUACCAAUUUAAGAUUAGAAAUAUUUAAAUAGGAUGUGGAACUCCAAUGAGUUACUAAUUUCAGUCCUGCCCAUCAUCAGGAAUGUUGGAGUGCUUUCUUACAGAAGUGAAGAAAAAUAAAGGUCAUUCAAGGGCGUAUUCACAUACCAAAGCAGAAUAGAGGCCUGGAGGCAUAUUUGCUAUUUGCCCAGUAGUCAGAGGUCUGGUGACACUGCAAGAACAGGAAAAUAACUUUAAAGAAAUAACAGUUUGACUCAUUAAUAAUAAUUUUUUUAGCCUAUAGAUUCAGUUGAAACUAGCAGCAGAGGUUUGGUCCCCUAAUUUUGAGUGCUGUAUUUUUAUUCUGUGACUAGUAUGCCAGGCUAUUGUGUUUAAUUAGUUUUGUAUUUAUUGCUAAACUGAUUUGUGAUCUUGUGCUACCUCAAAGCACUAGAAUUCAUGUAAAGUGGUCUGGUACACAGACUUUACUCAAAGAAUCGAAUAACUGGCAACUCUUCACUAACUGCAGAAAAUGCUGGAAACACUCAGCAGGUCAGCAUUAUGCACUAGGCCCAACCUUUUCCAGCUGUUUCAUCAGUUGCCUUUCCUCCAACAUAAGGUUGAAAGUGGCAUUGUUCCCUGAUGAUUGCAGAGUGUUCAGAACCAAUCAUGAUCUCUUAGUUAUUGAAGCAGUCUGUGCCCACAUGCAACAAGACCUGGACAAUAUUCAGGGUUGGACUUAAGUUGCAAGUAGAAUUUGCACCAUACAAAUGCCAAGUAAUGACCAUCUCUAACAAGAGAGAGUCUGUCAUCUCCCCUUGAUGUUCAACAGCAUCACUAUCACUAAAUCCCCCACCACCAACAUCCAGGGGAUUACCAUUGACCAGAAACUUAAUUGGAUCAGCUAUAUAAAUAACGUAGCUACAAGAGUAGCUCAGAAGCUGGAAAUACUGCAAUGAGUAACUCAUCUCCAGACUCCCCAAAGCCUAUUCACCAUCUACAAGGCACAAGUCAUGAGUGUGAUGGAAUACUCUGCACUUGCCUGUGGAUGAGUGCAGAGCCAACAACACUCCCUCAUAGCACUUGAUUGGAACCCCAUCAAACACCUUAAAUGUUCAUACCAUUCACCACCAAUGCACAGUGGCAGUGAUGUGCACCAUAUACAAGGUGCAUUGCAGCAACUUGCCAAACCUCCUUCAACAGCACCUUCCAGAUCCGCAACAGCUACCACCUAAUAGAACAAGGACAGCAGAUGAAUGGGAACACCUACAAGUUCCCCUCCAAGCCACACAUCACCCUGACUGGGAACUAUAUCACCGUUCCUUCACUGUCGCUGGGUCAAAAUCCUGGAACUCCCUCCCUAACAGCAUUGUGGGUGUACCUACACCACACGGACUGCAGCGGUUUAAGAAAAUGACUCUUCACCACCUUCUCAAAAGCAAUUAGGGAAGGGCAAUAAAUACUAACCUUGUCAGCGAUGCUCACAAAAACAGUUAAAAGUUUCACCUCUUGAGUUCUGAAACAUUAACACUAUGUUACUUUCUCCAUAGAUGCUGCCUGGCCUGCUGAGUGUUUCCAGCAUUUUUUGUUUUUAUUUCAGCUUUACAGCAUCUACUAUAUUUCUUUCUUCAAUAAUUACAUCUGAUUGAUGGUGUACGUUAUAGCAAGAUGUAUAUGAGUAACAUUUUCGUCUGCUCUAAUGUAAAGGAGCAAACAAGACCCCUCAAUGUGGAAUAGUAAAGUUUCAUUUUAAUUUAUUUUUUAUAUUUGUCCAGUUAUAUAAAUUAAGUUACGAACUUUUUUGAAAACUAUAUUAAGAGCAUUAAACCAGAAAAAACAUUAAAUGUUCAAUUUUAUUUAUGAAACUUAUUAUCUUUAUGCAAAGAAAGAGUGCCAAGUAUAAGACAUGAGAAGGACAUUUGUCAUUGUUAUCGUUUUUUGGUGUGAAUUGUUCUUUUUGCAACAACUGCAUUUAACUCUGACAGUGCUGAGAAAAAGAUGUUUACAUAGCUGCGGGUUAAGUUUCAUUUUAAAAUUGGUCCUUGUCUUAACUUUUGUAAAGUGGUCAUUCCUACAAAUAUUAGAACAAGUUAUUUUAAUCCCUGGCCAGAUACUUUUAAAUUGUAAGGGGAAAAGUAAAUUGCUUUUCUUUUACACUUAUGUUGUACCUCACAAGGAUUCUUAAGUAAACUUUUCAUCUGCUGUUUAGUAAACAAUAAUUAUGCAAAUUAUUUCUUGUACAUCAGUAAUAUUGAGUGUUAUAAGAUAGAUUUAGAGAAAUGUACUGAAGCAGCGAACACUUCUCAAGUCAAAAGAUUCCUAGAAUAGGUUUAUUUUUAUUUAAUUUUUAUGUCAAUGGCAAAAUAUUGCACCAGCCCUCGAGGUUAAUAACGAUGGCAGCAGCAGAGAACGGGGAGAUUGAGUAAAGGCAGGCAGAUGGGCCAAAGUAACUCUUCAUGUGCUGCUUUGUGGCUUCUGUGGCAUGAGUGACUAUAUAUUCAUGUCUUCCUGUUUAUGGGAUGGAUCACCAGCUUUGGUUACCAGACAGGGGGCAGUGCAUUAUUUCAGCAUGACUGUAUUGUACAGAAGCUAGUCAUGUGAUUUUUUUAACAUGCAAAUGACAUCCCUCAUUUGCUUUUUACUAUAAUAGGUCAGAAAGCAAGCAACUUUACAGAGGUGAUGUGUCACCUUUGAUUGUUUCAAAUGAAUUGGUUUUAAUCUGAGCUUGUUGCAGUUUGAUCAGUUGUGGGAAUAACAGGGUCUUUUUUAACUGAUUCAUGAACUGGUAAGAGUCACGGGUGCAAUCCAAGUUUUAAAAAAAAAAACAAGCCAGUAUUUACACAACUUUCUCAGUAAACUGAAAUGAAUGCUAUGGAUGGAAGAUGACUUAAGUAAAUAUUUUUGUUUAAUUAUUAUGUGGAAAUAGGUGAAUUAAAAAAAAACCAUUAUUAUUACUUAGCCCAUGAGCAAAAGCCAAAAAACCUAAGACAAAAACAAAUUUGCAGCAGCAGGAGGCCAUUUGGCCCCUCGAGCCUGCUCCGCUAUUCAAUAAGAUCAUGGCUGAUCUGAUUUUGGCUUCAACUCCAUAUUUGACCUACUCCCAUCCCUUGUUAGUCAAGAAUCUAUCUACCUCUACCUUAAAAAUAUUCAAUGACCCUGCCUCCACUGCGCGGAAGAGAGUUCCACACACUCAGGACCCUCUGACAGAAAGAAUUUCUCAUCUCCAUCUUGAAUGGGAAACCCCUUAUUUUUAAACUGUCCCCUCAGUAUCCACCCUGUCAAGUCCCCUCAGGAUCUCAUCUGUUUCAAUAAGAUCACCUCUCAUUCUUCUAAAUUCCAAUGGAUAUAGGUCCAACCUGUCCAAACUUUUCUCAUAACGUAAUCCCUGAUCCCAGGACUCAGUCGAGUGAACCUUCUUUGAACUGCUUCUAAUGCAAUUAUAGCCUUCCUUAAAUAAGACCAAAAUUGUACAGUGUCACCAGAUGCAAAAAUGAUCAAAUACAAAAAAUGCCAGUAAUUGUAUAAUUUGUAUAAUCCUGAGGAGAUCAUGUAUAUUAAAAACAAUUGGUCAUUGGGGGAAGAAAAUGCUUGGAGAUACUUUGAAGAUAGGAAUGCAAAAGUAAGAAAAUAAAGCAGAGAAUGAAAAAGCUAAAGAAGAGUAUAGUCUUUAUAAUCCCUUCACUGGCACACUAAUGUUAGGUUUAAGCAAAACUGUAGUCAGAUAUUAACCAAGCUAUAAGUCUGGAUUGUGCUUUCAAGUUUUUGGUCAGGGGUGCUGGUGUGUAAACCAAACACAUAUAAACAUGCAGACUCUGAAAUUCCUUUGGGUGCCAUGCUGGAAGUUACACUGAUAUCCCCUCCAGCUCUGUCCCUGCUUGAAUUUGUCGGGUCAGCAGGAAGACACCCAAUUUCUAUGGGGUGGGUGGGCACCAGCACCACUAGGGGCACAUCUCUGGUGCGGCCUGCUGCAUCUGGUAAAUCUGCCAUCUGCCUGCCACAGGGAAGGGAUAGUCUGUCCAGCCCUGCUUCCUACCCAGCCAUUGACCACCUUAAGCUAUGUGUAAGGAGGUGGUUGAAAAACAUUUCCCUGAAUACCAUUGGUGGUGCUCAGUUUCACCCAUUAGAAACCCUAUGCCAUAAGUCACUUAGUAUACUGACUUGUACUGACUUCUUCAAAUAUUUGGGGUCCUGACUGAGCCAAAAUCACGCGGCACUAGGAAUCCCUGCACAGACUCAGCUCCCUGGUAAUGGCCUUGUAAGAUUCCGCCCCUUUCAAGGCAUGGCAUUUUGGAAACUGGCAAAAGCAAUGAAGUCUCACUGAAUUAAUAACAGGAAAUGGACAGGAUCCCCAAGGAAUUUCAGGGCUGAAGUUCUGUGUGGAUUUGUUUCAUAUUAGCAUAAAUUUUGCAUUAGUUACCGGUAAUCAACAGAUGAAAAUAAAUUUCUCAGACAGUAUUACAGACUGAUAAAUAAAAUAAGGGGAAAUGGCAGACCUUUGACUGGUUUAGAUGCUCACAAUAGUCAACAGUCCUAUGAAAAGUAAAUGAUAAUGUAGACAAGUUCACGCUUCUCGGAUUUACUUUUGUCAAACUUUUGAUGGCCUUAUUUAAGAUGGCUGGCAUGCUGUGACUUUGCAAGCUCCUUCCACUGACUAGUACUGUUGACUGAUCUUAAUUUGUGUAUUUAUAUAAUUUAACAGGUUGGGAUAAAGUCCAAUCUGAGUUUUUAAUAUGCUAAUAUCUGUAUUGUCUCACAGUAUUUUUUUGGCUUUUCAAUAUUGCUAAAGUUUGAAUUGUUGGGUCACAUAUGUGCUGUUGAACAAUGUUCUAUAUUGAUUGCCAAAUGAUUGCCAUAUCUGAAAUUGCAACACGUUUGCUGCAAUGCCUAUCACAACAUUGUAUUUGAUGUUUGGAAAUGCUGAAUGAUUGGUUGUUGACCAAUUUUUAACAUUGUUCUGAUUCUUGAUUUAAUAUCUGUUAUCAGUAAUCAAGUACCACAACCAUUUUUUUUGUUAAAGUGCUUUUGAAUGUAUACAUUUUUUCUUAUGCCGCUGCAAUGCGCCUUGGGACUUUUUUAUUAUGUUAAAGGCGCCAUAUAAAUAUUUUUUUUAUAUAUCUAUAUAAAUGCAAUUAUCACUUAGGUUUGAGGUGCAAACAGAAUCCUUUCCAAUUGUAUAUUCAUAUUCAAGGUUACUUAAGGCCAGUUGGAAACCAUGUACUGCACAGUUAGCUGUGUACAAUUGCUAAAAUAUCAGGAUGCUUACAACAAGAAACUGUGGAAUUAGUUUUCUCUAAAACAGCAAGUUGUAAAAAAAAAGUCAUACAAAACCAACAUUAAAUCCCCAAGUUUCUCUUAGUUAUGGGUAGGAUUCUCAUAAAGUCACAGCAACAACUUUGCUGUUGCUAUGAAAAAAGUACAAAAUUGUUGCAUACUAUGGGAAAGCAGUGAUGAACGUCUUGCUGAAAUUUCCAUGUCUUUAUAUAAUUAUGUCUCACCUUGUUUGUUAGCUUUAAUGUACCAAGAAACUCUUUUCUCUGUAUAAAAAUGGAAAGAGUGUGUUUUGCCAGAUACUUGAGUCCACCCAAAAGUUGUUUUGAAACUGUCCAAACUUAGUUGGCUUAAACAUUGACAGGAGAUUUUCAUCACUGCUCUCUGGGCUGUAUUUAAUAAAUUUACUAAGUCUAUUUUUUUUAAUCCUGUGUUACACCUGUUCUGAUUUGGUAGGAGGCCAAUUAGUGAAUAAAAACAUGCUGCUUGUAGAAAACAAUUCUGAAUAUUCUUUGAUAUAUGUCAAUAGUUUCAUAAACCGUGACUAAAGAGGGCAAGCAUUACAUUGAUUCUCUGCUAAGCAUGUUAGUCCCUAUCUUUAACAAGUAGACUUGUGUCAUCAAUUGCCAAAUUCAAUUGAUUACACACUUAAUCUCACUCAUUACUAAUGAAACCACAGUAAGUCCAGAACUAGAGAUGCACAUUUAUUUGGACAAAAAACAAUUCAAUAUGAUACCUGCUAAAAUUACAUAUUAAAGUUCAAAAGCACACAAACAAUUAUUUAUAUUGCAUUUGUGAUCUUUUAUGCCAACGUGCAAGUGCCUUCCUUAUGAAAAGAUUCUUGCUUAUUUCUUGUGGGUUCCCCAGAUUCUAACUGGACUGUUCGGCAGUCAAUCUCUGCCAUUAUAUGCAGCUAAUUUUUAGCAUCGGUGUGCUGAUACUGGAUUCAAUUGGUAUUUGUACCUAUUCAAAACCACCGUUCUGCGUCUUGCUUAAAAAAAAACCUUAAGAAACAAAAAAAAAACCGACGUGUGUUAUACUAACCCAGUGAAAGGGCUUGCACCCUUUAGUGUUUAUAUGUCUGGAAAAAGUAUAACUUUGUAACAGAAGUUUAAGUCCACACCUUAUUUGACUUACAACAGAACUUAAUGGUUUUAACUACAAUAAAUCGAAUAGUUCGUUUAAACAAAUAGAUUUAAAAUGUUCUGUUUAAACUUUCUUCUGCUUGAAAACUAACUAUGCAUGCUUAUUACAUCAGGUGUAUGUACAGUGUAUAAGCUUUCUUUUCCAGUUUUCUGGUAUAAAACUGUGAUACUACAUGACAGUAUUUUGCAUUUGAUCUUGCUGCCUGUCUUUCUGUGGAUACUGAUACCAUUCAGCAUUGCUUCACAUGACUCGUCAGAACAAAAUUAUCAUUUGUUUCUUUCUGUCUUGUGUAAAUAAUUAUUUUGUAUAUGCUUUUCAGUGACAUUUUUUCCUUAUGAAUGUACCAAAUGUUUUGUAAAAGAUAAUUAUGUCUAUCAUUCAUAUACGCAAUAAAACAUUUUUUCCAAAAA